AACUUUCUUAGGUUGGUAGUAGUUGGCAGAAUCGCCAGAACGGGAACUUGUAACGGGUUCAUCUUGAUCCCGAUUUUUCAAUUUUUUUAUACAAAGAGCUUGUAUACGUGACUUAUUCUUGUAAAAAUAUACUAAGGCAAUAGUGAUAAGUGUUUUACGUUUAUUAACGAGUGGUAUGGGUGUUUUGUGAGCGGUAAAAUUGUGAUUAACAAGUUGACUACAUGUUGAUAAUGGCGCUGGCAGGGCGAAUUACGGCAAUGUUUAUGUGAAUUAUUGAAUACAGAAUUUAGGAUAAACUGCUGUGAUGACUGGGAUCGCUGCGCGGGCGCGGGGCGCGGCGGCGCGGUGAUGGCGGGCGCCCCAUGAGCCGCCUGCUGUGCUGCCUGUGCGCGCGCCACGCCGACAUGGGCGCCGCGCUCUCGCACCCGCAGGAGGGCGAGGCGUGCGACGGCGCGGUGCUGCCGGCCGCGCCGCCCACCAUGGCCGAUGUCAUACGCGAGCGCAAGAAGAAGGCGGGCGGCGCCGGGCUCGGCACGCUGCGCCGCCGCCUCGCCGCCGCCGCCCGCCGCCCGCGCGACUCGCGCCCCGACCGCGGAUGCGAGCACGCGCGGUUCAUCCGGUCGGUGGUGAGCUCGUGGCGGCUGGCGGAGGUGUUCCUGCUGUGCGAGGAGCUGGAGGCGGGCGCAGCGCUGCGGGACCUGGUCACGCAGGCCGAGCUCGCGCGCGAGCCCGCCAACUCGCUCACUGUUGACCUUGCCGCCGCCUACAGAGACCGGUGGUGGUGCGACGUGGAGCUGGUGGGCGCGGGCUGGUCGCUGGCGGCGCACCGCGCCGUGCUGGCCGCGCGCUGCGCCUACUUCCGUGACCUGCUGCAGCGCUACCCGCCGUCGACGUGCCGCGUUCCGCUGGAGGGUGAGGCGGCGGCGUUGUCCCGCGAGGAGGUGGAGGCGGCGGUGGGCGCGCUGUACGCCGGCGCCUCGCUGUGCUCGCGCCGUCCGCUCUGCGCACUCUGUGCCAAAUGGGAUCGCGGAGGGAGUGUAGAUGGCGAUCUUGAUAUUGUGGAGAAUACAAGCAGUCGUCGCGGGACGGCGUCGUUGUGCCGCUGCGGGCGCGCGCGGGUGGACGCGGCGGCGCUGCGCCGGCUUUCCGCGCGACUCGGCUUCUCGCUAGAUGGCGCUCAACACGACAUGCGCUACCUGCUCGACUCCGGUGAGAUGGCUGACGCAAGGCUAGUGUUCCGCGUGGAGGGUGGAUGCGGCGCAGCGUAUGGGUUCCGUGCAGCUCUGGAACUCCCCUGCCACCGAUUGCUGCUUGCCGCCAGGUCUAGGUUUUUCAGGAGCGUGAUGUCGCGUCGCGCGAGCUCGGGCGGCGGCGGCGGCGGCGGCGGCGGCGGCGGCGGCGCGGGCCCGGCCGGCAGCGGCGCGGUCUGCGUCGACGAGAAGGUGCUGCCGCGCCGGUUCGCGCGCGCCUUGCUGCACGCCGCGUACACUGACCAGGUGGACCUGAGCUUGAUCGGCAGGAACUCAUCAUCACCAUCAUCAACCAACAGCCUCGGCAGCGGUGGCGCGCCGUGGUCAAGCGGGAAUCGUAGCGGACGCGGUGGCGCCAUGCUGGACGACGCCUUUCAACUGUACGAAAUCGCCAGGUUCCUGGAGAUGCCGAUAGUAGUGCAGGGCUGCGAGGACGCGAUAGUGGAAGCGCUGUGCCCCGAGACGCUGCCCACCGUGCUGCGCUGGGCGCACGCGCCGCACGCCAGCCAGUGGGUCUACAGGCAGGCGAUGCGGUACCUGCGCGACGAGUUCCCGGCGGCGAUGGCGCACGGCGCGGCGGCGCGGCUGCCGCGCGGCGCGCUGGCGGCGGCGCUGGCGUCCCCGUUCCUGCAGGCCAGCGAGCCGCAGGCGCUGCGCGCGCUGCUGCGCUGGGCCGAGCGCGCCGCCCUCGCCGCGCAUCCCGCGCAUCCCGCGCAUCCCGCGCAUCCCACGCAUCCCACGCAUCCCACGCAUCCAGCACACCCAGCAGACCACAGAGAGCCGAACGUGGUGUGGCACACGGCGCACUCGGUGUCGCGGCGCGGCGGCCGCGGCGGCCGCGGCGGCCGCGCGCGGCGCGAGGUGAGCGACGCGGCGCUGCGCGAGGUGCUGGCCGCGCUGCUGCCGCACGUGCGCCUCGAGCACCUGCCGCCCGACCACGACCUGCUGCACCAGGUGGUGCGGCGCGGGCUGUGCGCGGCGCCGGGCGGCGGCGCGGGGUCGGCGGCGGCGUGGCUCGGCCGCGGGGCGCUGCGCCCGCCGCGCUGCUUCCUGCCCUACCUCGACGAGCUCAAGGCGCUGCUGGAGGACCAGGCGGUGCCGGAGGCGGAGCUUGCACGCGCCCGCCGAGCCAAGUACUUGCACCGUAUACCGGACACCCUGUACAUGGUGGCAGCGGCUCGCACGGGUGCGGGGGGGUCACCGGGCGGCGCGGAGGGCGCGGCCGGUGCAGAGGGCGCUGCAGGCGCGGAGGGCGCGUGCGUGUCGCCGCGCGUGCUGGCGGCGCUGCGCGCGCGCGCCCGCGAGCUGCGCGCCGCGCCGCCCGCCGCGCGCGCGCUGCGCCUGCACGCGCACUCCGCGCGCCUCGUCACACGACAGAUUGCAUUGCGCGCCGUCCGCGAGAUGUCGCUGCCGGACGCGUGCGCGGAAUUACUGCUCGACGACCUGGACAACUCCAACGACAGCUCGCGGUCGCGUAGCAGCGGCGAGUGGGAGUCGCCGGCGGCGGAGCGCCGCGACCGCGGCGACCGCGCCGACCGCGCCGACCGCUGGCCCGACGACUGCUGCAGAAGCGCUAGUGGCAGCGGCAGCGGCGGCGCGGCGCGGUGCUCGUCGGCCGGCAGCCUGCGCUCGCAGCCCUCGCUGCACAUCCCGCUCGACACGUCUCGGCCGGGCACCUGCCGCCGCGAGCUGCCCUCCAGGAGCGCCGAGGGGCACAGAGCGGCGGGCGGCGGGUGCCGGUCGAGCGGCGUGGGCGGCGUGGGCGGCGUGGGCGGCGUGGGCGGCCACGUGGGCGGCGGCGCGCGGCUGUCGGCGGCCGUGCCGGACGUGGCCAUGGCGCCCAACGCCAACACGCACCUGCUCACCGCGCCGCACUACUUCCGCCACGCGGCGCCGCCCGAGUUCAGCGGCGGCGUGCUGCAGCUGGACUUGGGGGACGGCGCCACGCACACGCCGCGACCCGGGUCUCGAGCUGCCCGCGCGGUGGCGGCGCAGCAGGCCGCCUCCACCGCCGCGCGCCGCGACCACCAGGCGGCGUUGUCGCUGGCACGCGCCCGCGCAGAGGACGACGAGCUGCGGGCGGCCAUCGACCUCUCCUUGCUCAGAGCGUACUCGUCGCUGCAGCCGCGCGCGGCGAGCCCGCCGGCGCCGCUGCAGGCGCUGCAGGCGCUGCAGGCGGCGCCGCUGCAAGCGCUGCAGGCCCUGCAGGCGGCGCAGGCGGCGCAGUCGCAGGGCGUGACGUCACGCGGCCGCGCCGGCGCCGCCACGCUGCCGCACUGCUACCGCGACCUGCCGCCCGCCGCCGCGCACGCGCCAGGCCGGUCCCGCGCUACGCCCAGCCCGUCAUCCCUGAGCGCGUCCAACAGUGGACACCUCUCCGCUAAGCAGCUCGCUUUGAGCCGCGUGGGUGGCGUGGGUGCCGCCGUGGGCAGCGUGGGCAGCGUGGGCGGCGUGAGUGCUACAGGAUCGGCAAGCGCGAGCCCAAGCCCGAGCCCGAGCCCGCGGCGGUUGCGGCGCGACUACGCCCUCUAUGCGCCGCACGAUUAUAGACUGGAACCAACGUACGGAAGCUCAGGGUCCGGCAGCCGAGGGCAGAGUCCCAGUAACUACGCAUGAGUCCCCGCCAUGCGCGGCUCAUUCCAUUUGUGAAGUGAAUCGGUUGUCGCGAUAACCAGGGACGCGGCGGCGGGACGCUGCUAGUGGUCGCCGCUCCAAGCAACCGGCGGCAACCAGGUAGGAGCGGCGAGCUGGGCGGUGGAAUUAGUUGAAAUCAGGCAGAAAUGGCGAUCUGUGAUCAGCACUAGCUGCAGUCAGACGGAAAUAGCGACUUGGUCAUCGUAACCUAGUGCAACCAGUCAACAAUAGUGCCCUGGUCACUGGAACAGCUGCAUCCAGCCAGAACAAGUAGCUUGGUCGUUAGAAUCAUCUGCAACCAGGCGAAAACUGUAGUUUGACCGUCGCAACUACUCGCAAGCAGGCAGGUACAGUAGCUGGAUUGCCGGAGCCAGCUGCAACCAGGCGGAAACGGUGACCUAAUCAUCUGAAUUUGUGGAAACCAGUACAGUGUAUACAGUCGAGAGAUCGCCGGGUAGUAAGUGCAACAAAACAUUCGUCGUUCAGUCGCGCGACUGUAUCGACCGAUCGACAAUGAUGGACAGGUUGCGACUAAAAGUCUCCAGCCUAUACGCCGCCGCGACGAAACAGUCGCCGGACAGUUGAACAACACGGGAAAUUCUCAAUCGGUGUCGAGUUUGCCUCCAUGAUCUCAGUUGUGUGGGUGUAUGUAAAUUUGAAUGUAUGAUACCAUACACGUGUAUGGAGCGUUACAGAGCGGUGCGGCGGUGAAGGCGCGAUGUGUUACGUAUAUGUUUAUAAUAUGGCUUUGCUCAGAUUUCUUUUAUAUUGUAUAAAAAAUUAUUACCUGCGACUUGGUCCUCGUGACCGGAUUAUUUUUCUUUAACGGGGAUUGAUCGAUGAGUACAGGAUGGGUAAUUUUUGAGUUGCCAUUGUAGUGAGAGGAUUAGCUGAUCUGGACACUACGUUACUGUGUCCAGCUGUCUCCUCUGAGGGAGGCUCCUUUCUUGGACCCUCUGACUAACCGGGAUAUAAAGUACCCUAUACCCUUCUCCAUCCCAUAUAGCACAUGUAUACCAAAUUUCAUAACAAUUGGUUGAGCCGUUAAGGCAUAAAGAUGUAGCAAACAAACAAACUCACUUUAAUACAUAUUAAGAAUCAUAUUGCCAUAUUUAAAAAAAUGGAUAAACACAUCGCGUCUCGCGCUCUGUACAUCGAUAUAUGUAUAUUAUAUAUAUAUAUAUAAUUUGUAAAUAAAUAUAGAUAUUAAAAUAACUCCAUGUAUAAAGGGUGUCCAUUUUGAAAGCAAUACAAAACUUAUACAUUCCACAAUUGGGACGGAUUAUGAGAAAUAUAUUAAAAAAAAAAAUUCACGAUUGUAUAAAAGUAUAUUUUAUAACUCAAUAUUAUUAUUAUCUAUGCAAUACUCUUUAAAUAUAUACUAAGUUGACAUCUAAUAUUAAAAAAGUUCUUAUUUGAAACGAAUCGAAUUACCACCGCUAGGGAGCGCGGCGAUCGCGCGUUGCAAAUGGACACUCUGCCUAGCUGUAAACGAUCAAAAAUUUUGUUUAGAAGCGACCAAAUUACAUUACUCAUUCCAUAUAUUGUAAUAUUGGGAAAAUUGAGUUUUCCGGUCACAAGGGGGCGUGGUACUGUCAUGUUAUAUACAGGGUGCACAUUUUUCCCAAAGGAACAUGGGUGUUUUUUUUUUUAAUAGAUAAUAAUCGAAUGGUAAUCCCACCCGCGCUAUCGGUAUACACCGGCGGAGCAUCAGUGAGGGAUGAUAGGCGAGGAUGAAGCAGGUCAGUUAGCCCAUCGUGACGAAUUCAACAAGAAUUGUUCACGAUGGUUUUCAGGGGGAACUACGUCGAGGUCGACCUAAUAAGGCAUAUUGCUAGCAAUGGGACUGUCAAACUCCAUUGCUAACAAUACCUCUCCCCUCCCAAGGAACAUGGGUUAAAACAUGACAAAUAAUUUUGAGAUCUUGAGAUUUUGAGAUCAACAGUAUGGCCAACAUUGAAACCGUAUAAAGGGCAUAUUACAUGAUAUAAAUAAGCCAUUAACUGUCUACCGCUGGACGUAGCUCUCCCCCUAUUGGGGACUGUUGUACAAAGUCCCCUCUGGUAAUGCUGCAUAGACCUGAAUGUAACUGCUGAACAUAGACCUCCUAGAUAGACUACCAUAGGAACGAUCGUGAGCCGAAGGACUUGGACGCCAUUUUAUCCUGGUAUUUGACAUUGGGGGCGAUUUGCCAGUAGUUGCCACGCUUAGCAGGCGCGUUGGCAACCGCAAUUAGCCUUUGGUGAAGUUCUAAAAGAUAUGCUGCUGUCAAUCCGUCAACUAUUAAGUUCCCUUAGUGGCCUCUUACGACACCCACGGGAAAGGAAGUGGUGGGUUAAUUAAGAAAGCUGUGUUAAUAUGGGAGGGCUCAAAUUUUUUUUAAUGACCUAUGUUCCUUUGGUGAAGAUGUCCAAGGCAUUCCGAAGACUUUCACCAGUGGAACACUGCCUUCGAAGGAUACCAAUUUAAUCCAAUAUUCCCUAAUUAUGAUAUGUCACCCUGACACUUGAUAGUCAAUGACCCCCCUUAAAGAGAACUAAAAUAGACACUUGUUAUUCGUAAUAGGUUUCUAAAACUAGUAUACCUUUGGAACCUUAUCGUCGUCAUAUCAGAAUUUAACUCCUUCCCCUUGGGGGGGUUUUGCCAGUAGUUGCCACGCUUGGCAGGCGGAUUGGCAAUCGCAGUUAAGUUUUACUAAAUGUUUUAAGAGGGAUCCUGCUGUCCAUCCCUCGCCCUCCCUUAGUCAACCCUUACCAAUAUAGAGAAAAAAUCCAUACGCAAUUUUCUCAAAUUUCCCUUUAUUUCCAUAUGCAAUUAAUAAAAUAAUUGCGAUAAUAAAAUCUUUUGCAGAAUUGUCGAAAGAAACUCAUUAACAAAAUGACUCCUGAAAGGUAUACCAGUUGUCGAAUUUCCAUAGAAAGGAGUCGUUUACAUUUGUGGCAAAUUAACGGAAAUAUUAACUAGGUAUGUUUUAUAUUCCUAUUACGAAACACUAAAGUCUUUAUUUCAGUUCUCUAGAGUCAAAAGAUAUCGCGGCUCAGUCCCACUCGUUGGUUGACGUCGAUCAAUGAGGUCAAGCAACGAAACCCUCGGAUGGGUGACCGUUUUGUGGCUUGCUGAUUUUGAGUGUGGUAGCCUAGUAGACGAUUAUUUCAACACCAUAACACUGGAAUACUUAAUAUGGGUUUUUGAAAUAUAUUCAUAAAUAAUAUGGCAAGCUAUUUAUUACUUAGAAUUCAAGUUUUUGAUAGCCAUUUCUCGGAUUAAUAGCUUUCGGUGUCCGAAUCUGGACAACGAAGACCUAUCUUUAAUAGAAGCAGUAAACUUGGCUACGACGUUCAAACAGUCACAAGCGGCGUCCAAUCACUUUAAAUGAAGCGUUCAAAUAAAACGAAUUAACGGCUACCCGGCACGACCGGGUUGAGUAAACCCGCCUGUGACGGUCAUGUGUCAGGAAGCGAAAUUGAUUCACUUAUAACUUACAGUUGACGUAAUUUAUUUCAAAAUAUGCUGUCCAAUUGACAAUUCACUAAAUGUACUCGUAGGUGAUUUUGGGAAGCUGAGGUUAAAUUUGUUAAGUCGACUUUGAGCGGAUUUAACUCUCGGAAAGUCUCAAAGUUUUUGUGAAUCGCUUAUAUUAAUAGUAAAUAUUUUACACUUAGAUACUGUUACUGGUUUAACGGUGGCGCCCUCUACUGUCAAUAUUUUUUAAGCCACCUUCAUUGUAUAAGAAGACCUCUGUUGCGGCUUACCGAGCGACUUUUUUUACGUGCCUUCCGGUGUACGGAGCGAGGGACAGUCAUUUUUAAAUAAUCCAAACAGGAUUUAGAAAAAAUUGAAUAUACAACCGUAGUUAGGCUUUGCCCGAUCAAACUGACAGUGUGGGGGUGUCGCCCUCUAGUGCUAGUUUCUAGGCCACCUUCGUUUGUACGAAACUAUUACAGUUUUAAUGUAAUCAGCUAGUAACAAGAGUCAAUUUCGUAUGUUCUGACAUGUGACCCAGUGACGUCACCGGCGCCGCGGAGUCGAAGACUGAACAACUAGUUGUGUUACAUUUUAAAGUCAUUUCCUAUUCAUAAAAACGUCAAACCUUCAAUAAGUGUAUCAUCACGCUAAGUCGCGGAUUUAUGGAACUGUAACAGGUUAUGGGCCCAGAUAUGAAGCACCAUUUUUUUUUUUAUUAUUUCUGCUUCAACUAGCAACCAAAUCAUUAUCUCAAAGAUCAUCCGACAUUUGACCAUUGAGCGGACGUAGAUGAUGUCCUUUUUUCCACCUUCAAUAUCCAGAGAAUAGUCUCUCACCCUUACUUUGUCCACCGCAUAUUUUGCACGCUCUUAAGACGGACGACAAAUUUUUGUUUCAUUUAUAAAUGCAUUCAUUACAAACAAUGGUUUGUAAUGAUGAAUUAAUAAUUAAUUUAUUUAUCUUUUUUUUUUUAUACAACUUAGAAUGGCAAACAAGCUGACGGCCCACCUGAUGGGAAAUGGUAACCGUCGCCUAUAUACAUGAGCAGUACCAUGCACAUAACAGAGUAUAUCGUUUCGCACAUGAUUACCCCCCCCCCCCCAUAUCUAUCUAUCUGUAACACGUAGCUAUUGGUCGUGUAAUUCCAAAAGACACUACCCUAGCUCGAGGAGUAGACAGUCCACGGCACAAAUCACAGGAAUAUCGCAGAUUUGACGUUUUUAUGAAUACGUUAAACAACGUAUAGUGUGCGAUCGUCCGGCGUGUAAAUAGAAGUUAAUUGCCCAUUUUUAUAGUUUAUUCCAUGGUAUAAGUUGCAAAUUAUAGUUUAAAAUAGUGAAGUCCCAUCAAGAGGUAUCGAUUCGAGUCGUCUACAAAGUUCUAACUUGGCGGUAAGUCGAAAUUUACCAUUUUUCUGUAGAGCAAAAUGAUUUGAAUUCAAUUUGCUGCAUUUUUUUUUAAUGGAUGAUAAUGGAAUGGUAGCCCCGCCUGAGAUAAUGGUAUUCGCUGACGGGGCACCAGUGAGGGAUGAUAGGUGGGGAUGAAAAACCAGAUCAGACCAGUUUCUCUAUUAGGUCGACUUUGUGGCCCAUUGUGGAAGUCGAUCUAACAGAGUAUAUUGCUAGCAAUGGAAUUAGUAUUUCGCCUUUCUCCUCAUCCUCGCCCUUAGCGUUUGUAACUAUCUAACCCUAACUUAGCACAUACAGAAUUUUUUUAUGUAUGAUUCACAUGGGCGAAGUAUCAGGAUACAGCUAGUCUUCGAAUAAAAGUCCAAUGUGAAAACUGGGGGAAAAUACAUAAGCGAAGUUAGAAUUUUACGACGAAACUAUUUCUUGUAGCAUUUAAUUCUUUGAUUUCCUUUGACUCACAGCGCCUCUCUGAAUUAAAAAAAAAACGCACUUUCAUUUGCUAAUCUAAAGACGGUGGGCAAUUUACGUUUAUCAAAUAAAAUAGAUGCAUUUCCAAUUUUAUCAAUAAUUUAUUAGUAUUUAAAGUUUUAAUCGUUAUAAUUAUUGUAAUUAAUUAAUAUAAGCAAAUAAUUAUUAAAAAUGUCUGAACAAUAAUGAAAUAUUAUUUUUAAAUAUGUAUAUAAGUCUUGAAAUUGUCUUUAUUUAUAAAUAAAUGCUCAAAUAUAUACAUGUAAAAUUAAUUUGAUUAAUUUGUCGAAAUAUGUUUUCGCGCCUUUAUGAACUUACGUCAAAGUUGACAGAGAUUAUUUUACGUUUCCCGCCAUUUUAUCUGUCAAGCAUUUCAGUCUAGUCCCGGCCGGCUGACCGCACACGCGUCGCAUUAAAACCAAUACAUAAUAAUUAUAAAUUUUAAGUAAACAUGUACGGAUAUACAAGAAAUAAUUAUGUAAUAAAAUUUAUUGAAAAUCA